UUGACUUCAUGUUACUAAGAGCAGCUUCACCUCAGAUCAUCUGUCAUUUUAUUCCUGAAGCCGUUUUGAAGAGUUUGUCUUUUCAUAUUUGUGGACUGAAGAUGUUUCGCACUGUUUUCUUCUGUCUGUGUUUCUGCCGUCUGGAUGGUGUGUUUGGUGAAGAACAUGAAAUUAAGUUUAUGAUGAAGGGAGAAUCAGUCACUCUAAGCUCUGAUCUCACUGAAAUAAAGGAUGAUGAUGUGAUUCAGUGGAGGUUUGAAGAUUAUAAGACUGAAACUUUAAUCGCUGAAAUCAAUGUAACGGCCGACAGAAUCGCUGUAUAUGAUGAUGUUCUUGAUGGGAGAUUCAGAGACAGACUGAAGCUGAACAAUCAAACUGGAUCUCUGACCAUCACAAACAUCACAACUGAACAUGCUGGAGAUUAUAAGAUCAAAUGUAGGAGAGAAGGUGACAGUUUCUCAUUAAAAGCUUUCAGAGUUUCAGUCUCUGCUCGUCUGCCUGUUCCUGUCAUCAGCAGAGACUGUUCUUUAUCUUCAUCUUCAUCUUCAUGUUCAUUGGUGUGUUCAGCUGUGAAUGUGGGUCAUGUGACUCUCUCCUGGUAUAAAGGAACCAGUUUAUUGUCCAACAUCAGUGUGUCUGAUCUCAACAUGAGUCUCUCUCUGCCUCUGGAUGUGGAAUAUGAGGAUAAAAACACCUACAUCUGUGUGCUGAACAAUCCCAUCAGCAACCAGACUCAACAUCUCAACAUCCCUCAACUCUGUCACACAUGUUCAGACUCUGUCCACUGCUGUGGUCCUACUGAAGCUGUGAUCCGAUUGGUCCUCUCUGCUCUGGUGGGCGUGGCUACUGUCAUUCUUGUGGUUUAUGACGUCAGAUCCAGAAGAGCUGAACGAGAUCAAGCUCAUAUUCACACAUCAGAAACCUAA